UGUGUGUGUGUAUUCCCCAGCGGUGGAUUAAUGUGUGUGUGUGUGUGUGUGUGUAUUCCCCAGCAGUGGAUUAAUGUCGGUCACAGAUUGACAGAGAGAAAAUGGCCAUGACCAAUGUCCAAGAAAUGUCUAUGGAUGGUGAGCAGCCACCUGCGGAAUAUAUUGUUAAAGAAAGUAGGUUUGGAUCCAUAGAUUCUUCUCCACCAUUGGCUGAUGAAAUCCCCAUCAUUGAUAUCAGUCUCUUCUCCCCAUCAUCUCCUCAAUAUUCUGAACAAGCAGAAAAUCAUGAGCUACAGAAACUCAGAUCAGCACUCAGCUCGGCAGGAUGCUUCCAGGUUUCCAUUUUCUUUUUCUUGGCAACAGGCCAUGGGAUUUCGGAUUCACUUCUUGACCAAGUACGUGAAGCAGCAAAACAAUUCUUUGCACUUCCGGUGGAAGAGAAGGAGAAAUACUCCCGAACUAUUGACGGCGGCUUCGAGGGAUACGGUAAUGAUGUCAUAGUCUCCGACAAACAAGUUCUCGACUGGUCCUAUCGUCUCAUCCUUAAGGUCUUCCCGCAAGAUCAAAGAAAGCGUCAUCUUUGGCCACAAAUUCCAAAUGAUUUUGGAGAGAUGUUACAUGAAUAUGCAACGAAGAUAAAGUUGAUGAUGGGGUUAGUGUUUAAGGCAAUGGCAAAGUCAUUGAACUUGGAAGAGAAGAGCUUUGCAACGCAGCUGCUUGGAGAUCAAUCCCUGAUGCAAGCAAGGUUCAACUUUUAUCCGCCGUGCUCGAGAUCUGACCUGGUCCUCGGCGUCAAGCCUCACACGGAUAGGUCCGGCGUGACAUGUCUCUUGCAAGACAAGGAUGUGGAAGGCCUUCAAGUUUUGAUAGAUGGAAAAUGGGUUAGAGUCCCCAUUGUUCCUCAUGCUAUUGUUCUUAAUCUUGGUGAUCAAAUGCAGAUCAUGAGCAAUGGGAUUUACAAGAGCCCCAUGCACAGGGUGGUGACAAAUGGAGAGAGCAUGAGGCUAUCGGUUGCCUUGUUUAAUGAGCCGGAUCCCGAAACGGAAAUUGGUCCGGUCGAGGACUUGAUCGACGAGACAAGGCCGAGGUUGUACAAAAAUGUCAAGAACUAUGGUUGUAUCAACUACGAAUGCUAUCAGAGAGGGGAAAUCGCACUCGAAACCGUCAAAAUCUAAUUAUGUGCUUACUAUUUGAAACAACAAUUCUUCUAUGAACGUGACAUCAGAUAUCAAUAACAUUGAUAGUGAUUUUAAUAAUAGUAAAAUGUUGCAAUAUGUUAUCAAUA